GUCAAGUCUUGAGUGAUGACGUUUCUUUGAGGCAGUGGUGAAAACAUCGAUUUAUAAAAAAUAGAAAAUUACGGCAAUCACCAAAGGAAGUCUUUGUUUUAAUUAUUGACACUUUCUUUUAAUAAUUGAAAAAUCAAGAUGACAUCAGGACCGUACAAUUAUUCUUAUAUAUUCAAAUAUAUAAUAAUUGGAGAUAUGGGAGUUGGCAAAUCAUGCCUGUUGCAUCAGUUCACAGAGAAAAAAUUUAUGGCUGACUGCCCUCAUACAAUUGGUGUUGAGUUUGGCACCCGGAUAAUUGAAGUAGCGGGACAAAAAAUCAAAUUACAAAUAUGGGACACAGCUGGACAAGAGAGGUUCAGAGCUGUCACUCGCUCUUAUUACAGAGGAGCUGCUGGGGCACUUAUGGUGUAUGAUAUAACGAGAAGGUCCACUUACAAUCAUUUGAGCAGCUGGCUAACGGACACACGUAAUUUGACCAACCCGAGCACUGUGAUAUUCUUGAUCGGCAACAAGUCCGACUUGGACGGCCAGAGAGACGUAACAUAUGAGGAAGCCAAACAAUUUGCUGAUGAAAAUGGCCUCAUGUUUGUAGAAGCAAGUGCCAAAACUGGCCAGAACGUGGAGGAGGCAUUCUUGGAGACCGCUAAAAAGAUAUAUCAGAGUAUUCAAGACGGCAGGCUGGACUUGAACGCCGCGGAGUCGGGCGUGCAGCACAAGCCCGCGUCGCCGGGCCGCCCGCUGGCCGCGCCGCCCGCCGCCAAGGACAACUGCGCCUGCUAACUGGCCACGAGCGACUGGGUCAGAAACGUUCGGGAAAAUAUGGGUCUUUUCUGCGGACAUUACGAAAGUUAACGGUUUGCGUAGGUACCUACAAAUUUUAAAAAGUAUGUUUUAAGAUGCCUAGAAGGUAAACUACGAAAAUUAGGCUUUAAAGUCCGUUUAUUUUAUGAUAUCUACAGGAAAGACGCUUAACUUCGGCUCAUACUAAAAAAGUUUUUGACCCGUGUACUCGUGACACGGCCAGCGGCCCGGAACCCACUCUUCGACCGUCUCGACAAGGCUAGUUUGCUUGGUGUGGAAUCGACUUAUCUUUAUGAAACGUCCGAAAAACUUAAGGCGCCACAAGAAACAAAAAUGAAACCUCCGCUAAAAGUUGUAGCUAGUACUAGCGCCCGCCCCGGCUUCGCACGGGUUAACAAAUUAUACAUCUAAACCUUCCUCAAGAAUCGCUCUAUUGAUAGGUGAAAACCACAUGAAAAUCCGUUCAGUAAUUUUUGAGUUUAUCGCGAACAAACACACAAACAGACAGACGCGGCGGCGGGGGACUUUGUUUUAUAAGGUAUAGUGAUAAUGCGAUGCAGUGGAUGCGUAAAAUAUGCGUCCAUGUAUUUUUGUGAAAUUGAUUUCAAAUUGGCUAGCCUAUUUUAAAGAUUACCACAGCAUAGUCAUUUGGUACUGAUUGACAAUACUUUUAUAACUGAGCAAUCUGAUUUUAAAGUUCAUUUCAAAAAGAAAUAUUGUGGUAGAAUAGUUUUGGUUUUUGUACGGGAGUGGCGUAUCUGUUCAAGUAUUAUGUAAUUUGUAAUAUGUGUCACGAGUGGCAGCCAGUGGGUACAUCUCCACACUUUAGUGUGCACUAAUGCUUUCGGGAUAUCAUACUUUAAUCGAUAAGUUAACUAGAGUAUUUAAAAUAAUAAUAUAUAAGAUUUUAAAUAAGAGUAUUACCGAGUCCCAUUCUGCUUCUACUUAUUUACAUUCCAAAUCAAUCACUGGUUUAUGGUGCAUUACUUUAGAACAAAAGGGGUUUUCAUAUUUUUUCAUUCAUCUGAAGCCAGAAGGCAAAGUUGUCAGAAAGUGAUUCAUAUAGGUUGAUAAUGUUUACUGUUUACCCAUUUUUAAUUUUUGUGUAUAUAAUACUUGUGUGCUGUAUUAAUUUAUUUAUUCAACCGUGUACAUGAACAGAAGUAAGAAACACUAAUUAUUAAACAUAACAUUGUUUAUAUUGAAUGUUAGUUAUCUUGACAAAAAGUUAGCCAAUCAUGUAAUUUAUCCGAACCAAAAUCAUAAUAUUCAUGAAAUUGUUUUAAGGCUGAGAGUCAUCAUCGGAAUGUUGUAACUCGUUAUUAUGUUAUUACGGUAUUAAGCGGAAGACUAAUUGUUAUGGCGAAACAAAAUUAUUACAUUAUUUAUGUUCCCUUUUGUAGUUUAUCGAGAGAACUGGAUGAUAAAUAGCAAAGAAAACUUCACUGGUAAAGUUCCUCUUCUCCGGCGAAAGAUAUGGGGGCCCACCACGAACUCCGAAAUUCUAAGUUUUCUUGAGCUUCAGGAGUGACAGAAAGAGAAAUACAUAAACUCCGAAUUCCAAAGUUCGCGCUAGACCACUAAAGCGGAAUAGUUCAAGGCUACAAGCAUUAUGAUACAAGUGCGAAAAUUAAAAAAUUACCUAUUCGCACGUUUUACAGUACAUAUGGCCCUUUAAAUUUUCGACAUAGGCACGUGAAGUGCUAAUUACCGCACUAGUGUAGUUAUAUCAUAAUUACAGUAAAAUUUUAUAUGAUCAGCGAGAAAAUUACUGACUGCCUAUGUUAUCAUCAUCUUAUCACUAAAUGUUUCUAUGAAGAAACUUCUAGCUCCGCCUCGCCCUCUAGGAGGAAAUGUAUCAUUACUAUCAUAAGGUAUACCUAGCUAUUGAAAUUUAACCAAGGGUGUGCAAUAUUCACAAGUUUAGUGUACCUACGUUUAAUAACUUGAGUGGUACAUGAAAAUGAUCACAAAUACCUAUUUUAGAUAACGAUAGAUUUCUGAUCGAAUUAUAAAGUACCUAACACACGUGUGUGUAAGUUGAGCUAAUACUAAUAGCCUAUACAUUCAAAAAAUAAAGUACAUAUAUAUACAUAGUAUAUUUCCGACUGCAUUAAGCAUUAAACCUAUUAUGUUAGAUAUGUGAACCAUGUAUAUUGAUUAUUUUCAAACCCGCUAGGCCGUUACAGGAUAAAUUAACCGAAAUCUAAAAAUGCGUUUAUCCAUAAUUAGUAUAAGGUAAGGUGGAGAAGAGUAUCACCGGGGCAAGACAAACACUUGUAUGGAAUCCUCAUACUGUUUGUCUUGUCCCGAGCAAAAUAAACUAUGUUCGUCUUACCCCACCUUACCUUAGUCACGUUUUAGAUUUAUGUACCUACUCUAAUGGUUUUUCGUCCUUUAAUAUGCACUUAUUUUUGUCAACAAAAUGUUUUACACUAGUUAAUCAGUUAUUUUCGUCUAAUACAAUUUCAUAGAUAAGUAGCUUAGGUACCUAGUAGGUACUACCUACGACAUAUUAUGUGUAACUAACGUGUUAAAUAAAUAUUAUUUGUACAGUG